CUUUCUCUGGUGAAUCUGGCCUUCACUUUUCUCCAAAGGACCACAGCUUCUCCGUUGGGACCAGAGGGAACUGUGAAGAAAAGAUCCUCCUAAGUCAGAGUAACUAUGAGCAGAGGAGCAGCAGCCAUGGCUACAGAAAUCCUGAGAAACUUACAGGAAGACAUAACCUGCCCCAUUUGCCUGGAACUCCUGAGAGAACCAUUGAGCCUGGGCUGCGGCCACAGCUUUUGCCAAGCUUGCAUCACUGCGAGCAGCCAGGAGUCAAGUCAAGCAGGGAAGAACAGCUGUCCUGUAUGCAGAACCAUUUAUGAUCCUGAGAACAUGAGGCCUAAUCGGCAUCUGACCAAUUUAGUAGAGAGGCUCAGAGGGGUCAAUUUAAGCCAAGAGGAGGAAGAGAAGAAGGAUCUUUGUGAGCAGCAUGGAGAGAAGUUGCUGCUCUUCUGUAAGGAGGACUGGAUGUUCAUUUGCUGGCUGUGUGAACGGUCUCAGGAACACCGUGGUCACCACACGCUCCUCAUUGGGGAGGCAGCCGAGGAAUGCAAGGAAAAGCUCCAGGCAUCUCUAGAACAACUCAGAAAGAAGCAGCAGAAAGCUGAAGAAUUUGAAACUGCUCUCAGAGAACACAGUACUUCCUGGCAGAAUCAAAUAGAAAAGGAGAUUCAAAGUGUCCAGAAAGCAUUUAAAGAAAUAAGAGAUAUCAUGGAUUUGAAGGAACAAAAGGAGCUGCAAAAGCUGAGGGAAGAGAAGAAAAAAAUUUUCCAUGACUUGUUAGAGUCCAAGAAGGAGCUGAUUCAACAGAGCCAGUUCACAAGUGGUCUCAUCUCAGAUCUGGAGCACAAACUUCAGGCAUCUGCGAAGGAGAUGCUGCAUAAUGUGAAUGAUGUCCUCAAAAGGAGUGAGAACUUGACUCUGACAAAGCCAAAAUUUUUUCCCUUGGAAGGUCGCAAAGUAUUUCAAGCUACUGAUCUGAGUGGGAUACUGAAAGCAUUUUAUGAACUGAAAGAUAUUGAAUGCUACUGGGGUAAGGAAAAAUCACAUUAUCAUCAAAUUCUGUUCUCAUAGUAUUUACGAAUUUUUUGUUUUCUUGUAGACGUCAUGUUUCAAGACUCAU